AGCCAUUAUUUCCUAAAAAACCUCACUUAGUUAUAAAAUAAAUAAUUUUUUUUUGGUCAAUAGUAGUAAUGAGUCAACUAACCUAGAGAUUCGUGUGCUACUUUUUUUUUUUUUUUUUUGUGUGCAACUCUAUUUUGGUCAUUAUUAUAUGUAUUUCUAAAAAAAAAUAUUUUUGUGAGAUUAUUAGUAUGGUAUUAGUAAAGAAAUCGAUAUUCCCUAACAUUUUUAUAUCUUCUUCUCCUAACAUUUUCGUCUAGAUCCGUUCUAGGUUUUGGAGUUGCACCGGCUUAUCAUCAUCAAUCCAGAUAGAUACUCCCGAAAUUGGUCAUACAUAGACAUGUCUCUGUUUGUUUAUGAAAGACGAUUUGAUUCAUCAUCUGAUCCGGUUGAUUGGAUCAGCAAACUCCCGAGUGAUGUAUUGCUGAUGAUCAUAUCGAGACUGUCCACAGAAGAAGCAGUAAGGACGAGUCUUGUGUCCAAACGAUGGGAACAUUUGUGGAAGCACAUGUCUCAUCUAGUUUUGGACAUUCGAAAGAAGAUUACCAAUUCCAACAAUACGCUCCAUGUUUGGAAUCGGGUUGCUACAUUGAUGACCAAGAUUAUAAACAAUCACCGUGGACAUCUAGAAAGCUGUGUAAUCCACCAUUACUCAAACGGGAUGCUGAAUACUUGGAUUCAAUCACUUACCGUUGUAAAGCAGACCAAGCAUUUAACACUUAUACACCAUGUUGGACUAAGGAACUUUGGAGAAUUUAUCGAGUUUCCCCCAAACUCAUUCUCAUAUCCAGGGCUCACAUCACUCUCGCUAUCUACACUCAUGAUCAGAACAUCUCAUUCCUUCAACAACUGCCAAUUUCUCAAGACCCUCAAAAUCACAUGUAUGCUCGCCCCCGAUGUUGGAGUCGUCAACAGAGUCCUCGCAUCUUGCCCUUCCCUCGAGCUGCUUGUACUAAACCUCACUUGCAAAAACAAAAAUGGUCCUUUGAAGAUUGAAAACAAUAGAUUAAAGCUCUUGAAAGUGUCACUUUGCGAACAGAUUGAUGGCAUUCAAGUGUCAUCACCUAGUUUGCAUAUUCUCGCCAUCAAAGAAAUUCUCUUCUUUGGGAGAGAUAAAUUUGUCCUUAGGUCCCCUCGACUCCAGUUUAAUAGAAACUUUUGGCUUACAAGGACUUUCUUACCUCACAUCAGCUACAACAUCUCGCAGGAUGAAAUUUGCAUUGGUCAUGAAGAAUUUGUGGUUAACACAUGUGGGGAUUUGUGGGGAGCAUCAUUGUCGGUGAGUGUAGAUCUAAUGAAUCCAAGACAAGUUAAGAGGUUAAGACAAGUCUUACUUCUAUGGACUUCUGAAAUGGCAGAGCUUGAGAUCUUAUUUAAGAAUGACAAUGCUCCUAGCGAAAAAGGUGAGUCUUCACAUAACAAGUUUUGGGAGGACAACUAUAAAGAUCCGUUCCCUAAUGCCGAGUUCCGUGUGAAUACUGUGUGGAUGCAUAACUUCAGUGGUUCAGAGGAAGAGUUUGCCUUGGCGUCGUGUUUGAUCAGGCAAGGGACAGUGGUAAAGAAUAUGAUGAUCAAGACAACAUCAUUUUCUGCCAGGAAGAAGUUGGAGAUAGAAACAGCAGUAGCCCAGCUACAAGCACUUCAAACACAAGAUCAACGGGAGCUUACCAUCAAAUGUUUUUGAAGGACUUUGGUUCCAAUCUUUCCAAAUUGAUAUUUUAAAGAUAAAAACUAUUUUUCCCUUUUAAACUUACAACCAAGAAUCUGUCUCGGGCCCUUCAUUAUUUGUUUGGGAUGGAACUUAACCGGUGAAGUGAGUUGACUGAGACGUGAUGUCUAGUAUUGCUGUUAGCUUGUUGCACACGAUCAUGACAAACCCUUGCAGCUUCAUUAGUUCAUUUUCUUUCUAGUAGGUUGGACACAAAUAUCCAUUACGUCUUUGAUCGGUGUCUUUGAUCGGUAUCAAACUCGUACCAUCUCAAAAAAUGUUACUCGUAUGUACAUCUCAAAUCGAGUAGCAGAUAUCACAAUAUUAUUACCCACGGGUAAAAAUCUGAUACGGGAUGUCAAACGGGUAAAAAUCUGAUACCGGAUGUCAAACGUUUUUUAAACAACCCAUCUGAGUAUAUGUCCUGUCAGUCGAUCAAUUGUAAGAUAUGCAUGUCUUUUGUUUUAAUGAAACUUUAUAUGACAAAAAUGAAACUUUAUAUGACGAGGAAAGUCGGAAACCGUUCUGUUUGAAAUCAAAAUUGUUCUUUGCAUUCAUUUUUUCAAAUGGUAAUUAAAGUAAACCUUCAGUACUUUAUACUCCCUCCGUUUCGUUUUAGUUGUCGUUUUAGGACUUAAAUUUUGUUUCGUAAUAGUU